AUGACUUUCCAUACAAAUAUGCUAAAUAAAUGCAAAACUCUGUUACCAACUUUAUCACACAAUCUACAUAAAGGACAAUCAGGAAGGAUUGGUGUUAUCGGAGGUUGUGAAGAAUACACUGGAGCACCUUACUAUGCAGCUAUCAGCGCUUUACGUACAGGAGCUGAUCUUGUUUAUGUGUUUUGUUUCAAAUCUGCAGCUCCGGUCAUAAAGUCCUUUUCACCCGAACUUAUCGUGUUGCCAUAUUUAGACAAUCCAGAUUGUAUUAACCAUUUAAAACCUUGGUUAGAAAAACUUCAUUCUUUAGUUGUUGGACCCGGCCUUGGGACUAGUCCUAUUGCUCAAGAUGCUGUAAGACGUAUUUUUGAAUAUGUCAGUAGAGAAUCCAAUUUUAACAACAAAAGAAUGCCAAUAAUAGCAGAUGCAGAUUCUCUUAAUAUUAUUGAACCUGAAACAUUUCGAAAUUAUAAUGGUUGUGUUUAUCUUACACCGAAUAUUCACGAAUUAACUAAAUUAUCUAGUAGACUAAUUGGACGUCAAACCUAUGAACCAACAGUGACUGAUGUACAAGCUAUAUUAAACAUAUUGGGUGGUAAUUAUGUUAUAGUAUUAAAAGGUGCCGAAGACAUUAUAGUUAACAAAAGAGGAACUUUUGCAUGCGUUGAAAAAGGAUCAGCUAGACGAUGUGGUGGUCAAGGAGAUAUUUUAGCUGGAAGUUUAGGGACUUUUGCAUAUUGGGCUUCUAAGCAAACUCAUUAUUGUGACGAAUUAGAUCCAGAAGUUCUUGCUGCAUUUGCAGCCAGUGCACUCACUAGACAUGCAAAUAAAAUAACAUUUACAACAAAAGGACGAAAUAUGAUUACCACAGAUAUUGUUGAAUUGUUACCUAAUGCUUUUCAAACUUUAUUUGAAAACUAA